UGGCAGAUCAUCGUAUAUCUAAAUAUUACAAGUUUACAACAUUUGGCAUCAACAUCCACAAGUUCAUACUUGAAUCCAGUUAAUAACAUCAACAUCUAAAUAUUCAUAUUUGAAUCCGAUAAAUUUAUUUCUCUUUAUUAGUUUCCAUCAAAACGAUAUCAUUUUCGUACUAUUCUUCUUGAUUUUGACUUUUUAUUACCGAUUUUGACUAGCGCUUUAUACCGACGACUUUUCAGCCAUUUUUUGUUCAGUACUAGUUGAACCCAUUUAUACCAACCAACAUAUCCGUGUUUGACAACCAUAUUAGUGGAGUGCCCACCAGGCCACCAUGUUAGGCUCAAAUAACAUGAUUAAGAGGUAUUACUGCGAAAUGCUUCAAGCCCAUAAGGUCUCCAUGAUCAAUUGGAGGUCUAUUAUUUUCGGCCCUAUCUAUGAGAAUGGUAGUAAUCGGUUAGUUAUUAACUAAAUUUGACUAUCAAGAACCGACCGUUUACAAUUUAGUCGGUUAUCGAAGUAACCGUCAAACUCCGAUUUUGAUUCGGUUAUCGGUUACAUCGUUUAUCAGCCCUAUCUAAACCUACUAAAUCUGACUACUAACGCGGCUAAUUAUACAAUUACAGAAUGGUACACGAUCUUUCUAAUCACAACCCGAUAUAGACUACGAGGUUAGUUGAAGAAGCACUAACUAUUUUCCAAUGCCUCCCGUUUUGAAAUUAGAAAGCACAAUCCAAGUAACUAAAACACAAAACUCGUGCCCUAAAUAAACUAAACUAAUGGCCACAUACUCCCCCAGUUGGUCUGUGACUGUGAGCAGGCAAAAAGGAAAAGACUCUCUUGCUCACAGCUCACGCGUCAUGCCGACCGCGGCUAACCCAAGAACUUAGGGCUGCCAUAUACAGCAAAACGACGACGACGAGGGGAAUUUGUCUCAAAAAAUUACGAACCACAGGCUGAAAAAGCUCUUCAGUCUCCAUCUUUCCCAUUCCCAGUCCCAGUCGACUAGCUAGCAGUACACAAAUUGACAAAUGAUUAGCUAGCUAGGGUGACAUCUUGCCGGCCGACACAUGGCAAUCUCUACAUGACUCUGAAGAGCCAUUUCUUCCACCAUCAAUUUCAGGCCUCACAAAAUUAGCUAGGCUGAUAUAAUAAUUAGGAGUAAUACCACUGUAAAUCAUUACUAAUGCAUGAUCUAAAAGAAUACUGUUAUAAACGCGCUGCUACGGAUCGGAAAAUCGCUGGAAUCGAUAAAGCAAGAAUACGAAAGCAAGAAACGAAAAACACAGACACACGAUUUACGUGAUUCACUAACACGAUGUGUGUUAGCUACGUCCACGGGCGAGACCCCCGACUACCAAUCGUAGCGGUUGAUAGUCUGAUUCAAGUCACAUCAACAAAUACGCUAUUAAUUUGAAUGGCUGUUAUUUGCCAAGAUUCCAAUUUCCAAAUCAGGGGAUGGAUUCCCUUGCCUCAUCACUGGGGUGAGUUAUUGGCCACAAGGCAUGGGAUCUGCUACGUGGAUGGGAAUGGAUGACCUUAGCACAACCUGAACCCUAUAAAAUCCUCCUUACCACUCACAAUCUUCUCUCCUCUGCACCUUCCUUCUUCACACUUUUUUCUGACUCGAGAUAUUUGCUUUCAUUCCUAAUCACCACCGAUCUGCGCGCCAAUCGUGUCCUCAGUUGUUGACGCGGCGACGUUAACUAAACUUGGACGAUGCUGGAAGGCAAAGCAGUGGUUGGGGAGACCGACAUGCUCCAGAAGAUGCAACAGGAUGCUCUCCAUCUCGCCGCAGAGGCCCUGGAUUCCUUCGACGUCACCGAGCCCACUGAAAUCGCCCGUUUCAUCAAGAAGGAAUUCGACAGAGUAUAUGGACCAGGGUGGCAGUGCAUAGUGGGAACCGAUUUCGGGUCUUUCGUGACGCAUUGCUUCGGCUGUUUCAUCCAUUUCCAGAUCGGCAGCCUCGCCAUUCUGCUCUUCAGGGGAUCCGCCGGCCCUGAAAACCCCGCCGCCGAUAAAGACCAUGACUUUGCAGUCAAGUCCUGAUUAUAUAUAUACCGUUCUUCAGUUCUGAAUUCUGAUUUCCCCUGUGACGAUCCAUUAAUGGGAUACUACUGAAUCCGGCCAGGAAUGUGCAUUUGUUUUCGUACGAAAUGGAGAGAACCUUGUAGUAACGUUGUCGGGCAAUUCAAUCAGAAAAAGCACUGGAAAAGAAUUCAUGGCUAUGAAGAAAUCAAAUACAGAAGCACUUAUCAUAUGCACGAAGGAUUCAUGGACUUGGUCUAGCUUCAUGAGCCACACGUUUGUUAGCAAGUUGUCACUUCGGUUUGUAUCGUCAAGUCAGUUUGAUAAUAACCAGGAUACAUUUGGUUUAUAUGCCGGUUUUAACAAAUUAUACUAGAAAGUGGAAAACCGUUAACACCAAAUGAAUGGUGCAUGAUAUAAUAUGUCCUAACACAAUCUACCUGCAUAUUUAAAUAACAAAUGGCAAAUGUUCUUAUUUAAAUAUUACAACAUUUCACGUCAACAUUUGAAAGUUCAUACUUGAAUACAAUAAAUAACAUCGAAAUGC